UCCUGAUUUCAGUCAAUUUCGAAGCAGAAAAGAUGGAUUAUAUAUCUCUCAUCUGUAAAAUUGUUUAUAUUCUGUUUUGUCUACCAAGUCAUCAAUGUGAAGAGCCAAAUGUCCCUUCCAUAAUUCCCCAAUUCCCUGACAACGUUACCAUCCCAGAGUUGGAUUGUGAACGAUGCCUGGUGGGAAAGGUUGGCGUCUAUAUGAACGUGGAAUGUAUUGUGCUUGGAGUCAGCAAGGAAGACCUGUUGUUAAAGGAAAUGAAGUUCAAGCUCAAGAAAAAUGGACAAGAUGUUCCCAAUCUGACCGUGGAAGGCUCUCCAUUGUAUCGAGCAUUGUAUGAAUACAUGCCAAGUGAAGAAGAUACAGAUCAUACCGUUACUUGCGAGGCUACUAUAGAUGGACAACAGCCCAAAACAGUUUCAAUCACUCUUAUUGUUUUGCGGAAACCAUCGAUACCUACAUUUACGCUGCCGGAAUCAAUCAAAGAAGGAAAUCAUGCACAUAUUAUUUGCAAAACCUUCAAUGCCCGACCGGAGCCAAGACUCUACUUCAUGUACAAUUCAACAACAUACAAUACAAGCAACAGCUUUUCAAAACUAAAAGACGAUAAAACAAUUGAUGCUGAAACCGAAUUAGAAAACAGUUUUAGCAGAUAUGACAAUACCAGGAAUUUAACUUGUUGUGUUGAGUUUAGAGAGUAUGACAAAAACACACCGAAAAUGAAAACAAAUUGCUCGACUUCUGCCAUUGAUGUUUUAUUCCCACCGAAGUUUUUACAGCUUGAAGAAUUAAAUCGAGUCAACGAUGACAAAGGUAAUGCAAUACUUCUACUGCAGUGUAAAAGCGACGUAUCAAAUCCAGUUAGUCAAAUAAGAUGGGACAUAACGUCUAAUGUUCAAUACAAUUCCACACAGAAAAAAGAAAGGGUUCACGAAUUAUCAGGAUAUACAAUGACUGAGACUUUAUCUGCCAACCUAACACGACGUAACAAUGGAGAAACAGUAUCGUGUUACAUAGAAAAUCCUAAGUUCGUAGAAAUCAAAGUAAUAGAAGCCUAUAAGCUCAACAUAACAUACAAACCGUUUAUCAGCUUUUCUCCCAGGUCCCCAGUUAACACCUACGUAGGUGACAGUGCAAGCUUUUUAUGUCAAUGUGACGCAAACCCACCAGCUAAGAUGGAGUGGCUUCACACGCCUUCAAACAAAACAAGUAAAAGGACUAAAGUCAGCAUAGAAUUGAACAUGCAAUUUCACUCCACUGGUAGUCAUAACUUAACGUGUACUGCAAGAAACACAAUUGGAUCGGCGGAAAAUGAACUGCUCAUCUUGGUCAAAGAAAAAUCAUCUCAACCAACAAUACCGAGUCCAAGGCCUUCCUCACCACCCAGCGGUAAAGACAACUCUUCCUCUAUGUUGAUCGGAAUAAUUUGCGGUUGUCUAGCGUUAACAAUCGUUUUGAUAGCCUUCGGGUGCGCGAUUGUAUCGAAAAGACGAAAGAAAACACGGACGAGAGAAGGACCCGAUAAUCUCGGUGGAAUCAACCAUGGUGAUGCUUGUGUUGUUCAAAAGGAGGAGCGACAGGCUGCAAAACCUCAGACCGAGGAAGGAGCACUCAUCUACGCUGAUCUUGAUCUACCAGCAGAGGGUUCCACACGAGUGAAGCCAACAGUGAAUUUAGAGGCUAGAACUACAUACGUUUCAAUCGAUUUUUCCUCAGCUAAAUGAAGGGAUCUGGGUUAGACGAUUAAAUGACCCAUUUACUAUUUGUUUUAAAUAGACUUUACACAUGAAACAGUUCUUGAUAGUUGGGUAGCUUCUGUAAAAUUUGAAUGUAGUUUUGUCACUUUUCAAUAGGGUGGGACCGACGCCACAUAUAAUUUAUAAAAAAUAAAUAAAAAAGAGCACUAGUGCGAACAUAGAUUAACAUGAAUACUGACGAUGUACCAUUAGCUUUUAUUAUAUGCAUUAUGCUGAUCAUUUGACAAAUUGGGAAAGGGCCGUAACUGAUGGACAAUCUCUUCGCUGAUUAACUGAUGGGUUUGAACGAUGUUACAUUGCAAUGUUUGUUUUAAGUAUGUCUUCUUUGUAAAAUUGUGUAAAUAUUUUCUCUUGCAAUAAUGUAUGAUGCUGACUUUUAUUUUAUAAUGUAUCUAGAACUUUAUAACCUAAACCAAACAUCGGUUCCCUUAAGAACGGCGAUUAUUUUGAUUAAAUCUCAUUCAAAUGUCACAGAGUACACAGUCCUUUUAAUACUUCAUGUGAAAUUAUUUCUGUUUAUGUUUGGUAUUUCGUUUAUUAAUUUGAAAACUAUAGACAAAACUCGGUCGAAGUCGUUGGAACCUUAGAAAAUGCUUCGAGAUAGCAAAAACUCGAUAUAACUCAAAACAGAAAACAUAUCUAACUAAACACAAAAACAUAAACAAAAAUCGGCAUAACCGAACCUUCUAGAUAACAGAGCUCGACAUAGCGAGUUUUGAAUGAAUUGCAUUUUGUCAAAAUGAUUAUGAAGCCACUGCACUGCUUCAAUAUAUUUUGGGAAGUUAGAAAACCUUUUACUAUUCAUUAAAAUGU